AUGACAUCUGCCCCUCGAGACAACGAGGGCUCGCCGCCUGGGUCAGGGGCACAACGUCGUGCAUCUGAUUCUGGGAUUGUCGGUCGAUCAAGCGACGACAAUGGCAAGCCGGACAACAACACGCCGGAAAGUGGACAGCUGGCAGUUCACAAUGACGCUGCAAACGACAUGCCGCCCGCAAAACCGACGACGCCUGCUACUCCUUCUGGUGGGCGCGCAAACGAUCCUUCUUCCUUCCAUCAACUUCCCACAAAAAUCGCCACCGUUGUCAUGUCUCAACAUGACGAGCGUCUAGGACAACAGCACCACGCGGCUGCCCAGGCGGCUGCUGCUCAGUCGAUGCAGCCUGGACCACACCCUCCGCCUCACGGUGCACACGGUGGUCACGCUCUCCACGCUUCCUACGGCCCGACGGAUGCCUCCCACUACAUGCCCCCUCAUGGGAUCCCACCAGAGCAAAUGCGCUACAACGAGCAGCAGUACGGGGCGAUGAGGCCCGUCUAUGCCCCACCGCACAUGUACUACGACCCCUCGAUGGCUGCGGCCGCUGAUUACUCUGUCGACCCGACCCACCCCGUCUACCCGACAAUCUCGACUCGCACGUCUCCUGUCAACGCCUACACUCCUCAAGCAGGUGUUCCACCAUUCCAUCCGACAACGCCACCCGUGCCUCAGGCAGCAUGGACGGGCUCUCCAAUCGGACAACCACAAUACUAUGGGUCGUUUAGCGGUAUCGCGGGACCUCCUCAGCAUGGUGGACAGCCCCAGCUCACCGACGAGCUUGGUCACCGCCACUCAAUCCCUUCGGUCUACCUUACCCACGCACCGGGAUCGACAUGGUCGUCGCCCGUCAUCUCGUCGCCCUUCCAGUUCUUCAGCCCCUUUCCGGCUGCCAGCCCGCAGAUGGACCGCGUCGAGAGCAUGGGCUCGCCAGUUCCAGAACCAUGGUCGGGCUCAGCUCCCACGCAGAGGCAAGUACGCCCAGGCUUUGUCCCACCACCACAGCAGCCUCAUGCGGGCGGCGUGGCGUGGACCAACGCGCCCAAUGUAACGCCCAACCCAUCUACUGCGUCAACCGCGCGCGAUCCUCAGCGGCGAUCGUGGAGUGGUCCCUCUGGCGAAGAAGCAAAGUCGUCACCUGCAGCGGGCUCGCAGCGUCCCAUCCCCGACCGAGAGCGCAAGGAGUAUCACCCGCAGCCACCAGCUCGCCGCAGCGAGUGGGUGAUGUGGGUCGGAAAUGUCCCGAGCAAUGUUUCCCAUGAGGAGCUGUGGCGGUUCUUCAACUCGACGGUUCCCACCGGUGCUGGCGAGAAUGGCGAGACCUGGCAUGGCCCGUCGUCUAUUUUCUUAAUCUCGCGGUCGUCGUGCGCGUUUGUCAACUUUUCCUCGCAAGCAGACCUCGACAAGGCGGUACCAUACUUCAACGGCCUCUCGCUCCGCCCAUGGGACGCCAGGUGCCCGCGUAUGGUAUGCCGUAUCCGCCACAAAGACGACGACCUCCGUGCUGGUGUGGGCGCUCAGCGCGGAGUCGGCAUGCACCGGACGUGGGUCGACCAGCACAAGGCGGAGCGCAAAGACUCGACCAUUUCACCAAGGACUUCCACGCUCGAGUUGCCCGAGGGUGACCACAGCAACGGCUCGUCGGCGCACAAGAGCUCGGCGAGCAUGGCAAGCACAAACUCGAGCUUUUUGGCACACCACUUCCCCAAACGUUACUUUAUUCUUAAGAGUCUGUCCAUUACCGACCUCGAGGAGAGUGUGCAGUCUGGUCAAUGGAAGACCCAGAGGCACAACCAGCCCAUCCUUGACCAGGCCUUUAGGACCUCGCAAGAGGUCAUUCUCAUCUUUGGCGCCAACCGGUCGGGUGAAUUCUUUGGCUAUGCCAAGAUGAGUUCGCCCAGCGUUCGCAACCCCAAGGUUCCCGAGCGCCAGAUGACAACCACCAGCCCGGCAAGGCAGGCCUCGAUCAAUGCCGCCCGCCAGAACUCGAUGGGUCUCACUAGCCCCCGUAGCCAUGGGGACGCCGCAAGGGGCCCGAGCCGUCGCACCCAUCCUGGGUCGACUCCUGCUCCCGCGCCGAUCCGCGAGGAGGAAGACGGUACAGAGCGGGGUGAACAGCUGCGUUCGGCCACGGAUCCCUACCGCUUGACGCCAUGGCACCCGGUGCCGAGCCCGUUCCGCGGCCAUUCGGCAGGCGACCUCCCAGAGGGAGACCACGGUAUGGGUGGCCUCCACAUUUCGGACCCCGAUGAUGAGCAAGACCUGUUCCGUUCCGAAUCACCCGAACUAGUGGACGAUCUCAUGAGGCGUGCAAGCACGAACACGCUGGACCCCAACCUCCUGCGCGGCGACCGUCGCGAAUCCCGCAACCUCCUUCUCGCUGCCGUUGAGCACUCGUCGUCGCUCCAGAUUCCCAUUGUUGGACGCAAGGACACGGCGCCUCGCCGUCCGUCGGAAGUCCUCAACUCUGUCCCCGACGAGAGCGAGUCGCUUGCUCCGUCGUUCAGACUGCAGUGGGUCAAGACAGACCCUCUGAGCUUUUCCCGGACACGGCACCUCCGCAACCCAUGGAACGGCGACCGCGAGGUCAAGGUGUCGCGUGAUGGUACCGAGAUUGAACCUGGUGUCGGUGCGCUGUUGCUUACCGAGUGGGACAAGCUGGAAACAAACAAGGACACUCCUGCAUCCUGA